CCCACGUGCACCCUAUCUUGAGCAAGUACAUGUCCUCAACAAACCGUUUUACUCCAUUGAGUAAUUGGCGGAUCCCAUGACCCCACUCACCUACGUCUAAAAGAAUUAUUGCACAACUGACUUCACCUUUUGGCACAAACAAACACAGAGACAACAAAGAAGCCAGAAAUAAUUGUUCCUUCGGGGCAAAGCAAAGAGGUCAGCUAUAUAAUUGCAUGUUAAGAGGUGAGAAAAGAGCACAAAAUGUCCCUGAGGCGUCCAACAUUAACAAAAUGCAGGGAACUGGUUUUUCAACUCAGUGACUACUAUACCCGUCGUAUCUUGUGCAUACUUAAGCCAAAUAAGGUGUAAGUAAUGUAAAUACUAAACAACAGGAUUCAAUAUGGAUCUUAUGAAAGGUAUUGUGAAAGACAAGGGGUGUCAGUUGUAUGCAGUAGUGGAUUUAGCUGUCCUUCUUUUACUUGCCGUACCACUUGUACUGGUGAAGACACACAUUCUGGAGCCAGCUGAUCGUCUGUUUUACUGUGAUGACGUCACGCUCUCGUUCCCAGCCGAGAAGGAGCGGUUCCCGACCUGGCUAGUGAUCGUCCUCAGCCUGGCUAUCCCAAUGCUCACGAUUUUGAUCGUCGAAAUGGAGGCUGUCAAGAGCGUCCUUCUGAAAGCCGCAGCGAAGGCGAAGGAUAUAGAAGAAGUUGUCGAGAUGUCACAUGACAAGGUCUACGACAUUCUUCAUGGCAGAAUGACCCGUGCUGCGCUAUCGUUCAAGUUCGGAUUUCUGAUGACGGACGCUUCACAUUGGAUCACGGCACUGACUGUGGGGGAGUUUCAGCCAAACUUCCUCAGUUACUGUAGACCGAACGUCACUGGCCAGGCAUGCGCAAUGGGUCUGGUGUCUGUCGGCGCAUGCUCGAGGGACGGGAUAGACGUCAACGACCACAGACUUUCUUACUGGUCAGAAAAUGCAGCCAUCGCUGUGUACAGUAUGGUCUUCUUUAAUAUGUACCUGCAGGUGCGGUGGCCUUGGGGUGACCCGUUGUUAGUGCGGCCCUUGGUGCAGCUGCUCGCGCUCAUCCUGGCUCAGGUCGUCUCCCUGUCACAAGUAGCGGACAACCAGCACGUGUUCGACGAGAUCCUGGCGGGCUGGGUGUUCGGUGGGACCAUAGCACUCCUCACGAUAAUUUUUGUGUCUGGAUUGCUGGAUGUCAAGGUCAGUCCCGACAAACUGGCCAAGGUGACUAAACUACGGAGGGGAGAGGUCCAUGCAACCGCCUCUGACUGGGACUCCGAUUACUAACUGUACAUACAAUAUUGACAUACAAAUUUAUGAAUUAUAAUACGACAUAGAAUUUAUUAUGAAUAUGCACCUGAAUAGAUUAACUGCCUAUUUAUUAUAUUUACAUGUAAUGUACAUUUUGAUGGAUAAUUUGCUACUGAUGUCAGGAAAUUACGGAAAGAAUAAAGAGAUUAAAACU